GCACACUGUUGCAGGACCUAUACACUAUAAUAAAAACAGAAAGUGAGACUUUCUGUAUAAGAGUGUAUACGGCUUGUUUCUUGCACGGUCUAUGGGGAAAUCUGUAACCAAAAUGUUACACCCCUGUGAUUGGCACAAGUUAGGGGUGUGGUUUACGGUAUGCCAGUUAAUACGGGCAUACUGCAUAGUCAGCAUAGCUGUCGCUAGAAUGUGGUUGGGCUAAUAGCCUAAUAAUUAUAGAAGUAUUCCAUGUGGUUUGUAUCCAGUUCCCGUUUAUCCCGAUUAUUUCCCUUUCCCAUCCAGGCCUGACGGAGCUAUUUCCGUAGGAAAUGUCACUUUAGUGUUUUUAAUAGUCAUCGGCCAAUAUUCAUCCGUGCUGGGCUUGUUUCUUUAAUAUUUAUGUCUCAUGUCAGAACGCCUGCUGUAGUAUAUAUACAUUUUCAUUUAACUAAUAAAUUAUCACUUACCAAAAAAUAAUGUGUUAAGUACAGCAUAGUGCCAUAGCAUCGAUCCACUAAUGCUGUGUCGUAAGACGUAAAGUGCGGUACAGUACAUCUAUGAUUCGCCAUCGAACAGCUGAUUGCAUCCCGCAUCGAAAUCUGUACUGUAAUAACUUCAGCUCGUACGCAAAUCCAAAUUUGUACGCAGAACUGAGUGCUUUGCGGUUUCUUCUCUUGUUGUUCUCUAAUUGUCUGCCAUUUUCUGUGUGUGAAAUGAGUCUCAGAUUAUUCUCUUCGUCCUUUUCCUUGCUCCGUCAUCGCGCUGUCCUCUGUGCCGCUCCAACACGCAACGUGUCUGCGCGUUUCACGUAUGCACCAGAAGUUGCCAAUCCCGAAUAUGGAGAAACAACCAAACUCAACCUCUUCCAGUCUAUUAACAGCGCUAUGGAUGUCGCCCUCGCCACAGAUAAGACUGCCGUGAUAUUUGGAGAAGAUGUGGCAUUUGGCGGAGUAUUUCGAGCUACCAUUAACUUGCAGGAACGCCACGGCAAAGACCGUGUUUUCAACACUCCGCUGUGCGAACAGGGUAUCGUGGGUUUUGGUAUCGGUGUGGCCGUGGCAGGAGCCACUUCCAUCGCCGAGGUGCAGUUCGCUGACUAUAUCUUUCCGGCCUUUGAUCAGCUGGUCAACGAAGCCGCAAAAUUCCGUUAUCGCUCGGGGAACCAGUUCAACUGUGGGAAGCUGACGGUGCGUGCUCCAUACGGCGCCGUCGGACACGGCGCACUGUACCAUUCACAAAGUCCUGAAGCGUAUUUUGCCCACACUCCUGGUCUGAAAGUGGUUAUCCCUCGUGGUCCUAUUCAGGCCAAGGGAUUGCUCUUAUCCUGCAUUCGUGAUGAUAAUCCGUGUGUUUUCUUUGAGCCGAAAAUUAUGUACAGGUCAGCGGUAGAAAAUGUUCCAACCGGUGAUUAUACGAUCCCCUUGGGGAAGGCCGAAAUAUUGGAAGGAGGUAACGAUGUUACGUUGGUGGGAUACGGUACGCAGAUCCAUGUGCUCAAAGAGGUGGCGGCUAUCGCCAAAGACACUUUGGGAGUCAGCUGUGAAGUUAUCGAUCUGAGAACAAUUCUGCCGUGGGAUGCUGAAACUGUCUGCCAGUCAGUGGCGAAAACUGGUCGAUUGUUGAUAUCUCAUGAAGCACCGGUCACGAACGGGUUCGCUUCGGAAAUUGCUUCCUAUGUGCAGAAAGAGUGCUUUCUUAAUUUGGAAGCACCCAUUGAGCGGGUUUGUGGUUGGGAUACUCCGUUCCCGCAUACACUGGAACCGUAUUACAUUCCUGACAAGUGGCGGUGUGUUGAAACGAUCAAGAAAAUGGUUAAAUUCUAAAGUUUAAUUGUGAAAUAUUGUUUUGCCGUAGGCACCGAUUUUAAGUUUUUAGCCGCUUCGUGAUAGAAAGCAAAUUCAUAGAGUUUAAAGAAAUUAUGUUAUGGCUGGUCCUUGUUUCGGCCCUUGUUUCGGUUGACAAACUCGGAAUUCACGUAUUGCUCAGAUGAAGGUUAAGCAUUUGAAUUUCAUAUAAUUACUGCAACUGCUGCAAAGAAGUAGUUAAACAAGAAAAUGAUGCGAA